GAGGGAAAGGAGAAAAUCACCCACCGCCGCCUCGACGUGCCGAGGCAAAACAGAUUGCCGCAUGGACGCGUGCGCGUUAUUGUUGUGGGCACGUUCUAGGCAGCCAUGUUUUGAUUAAGCGUUCGAACUCGCGCUCCUAAAGCAAGCAAGCGAAAUCGAAGGUGAUUUUGUCUGGAACGACAGGCUUUGACUUCGAAGGUGAGCGGCUAGAAAAAGCGCAUCAUCCAUCGAAAUUAUUUUGAUGUUGACGAGGUCAAUCGAACGGAUUUCGAGCGGAACUUCGGAGGCACGAACACCGGGAAAAGCUACAGCGACAACGAGCCUUCUUCUCAACAUGCUGCUUCCUGGCCAGUGAUUUGGUGACAAGAGCAGGUCGCAAGGUCCGUCUCACUUUCGUGUUAUUUGUGACUAUUCGUUCGUGCUCACCUCUGCAGUGCAUCAUUUACCCUUCCGGACCAGGCUUCGACACUUCGGGGAGAGUUCGUUUCAGGAUACAAAAGCAAGCGAUUUAUCAGCAUGGAAGACACAGAUAUGAAUGAAGCUGAGAAGAUCAGUGGCUCCUUGCAGCAUUUAAAGGAACUUAUUUGUGGCGAAGAGUUGUUGGAUUGCCCCAAGGAUGACCGCUUUCUGCUGAAAUUCCUGCGAGCUCGAAAGUACAACGCCGAGGCAGCCUUCAAAACUGUUCAGAAGUACUUCAGGGCGAGGCAAAACUACCCAGCUAUCUUCAGCGACUUUUCACCAUCGGGGAUGCUCUACGACAAAAUAAUGCGAGAAAACAAGCUCCUCGCAGUGUCUUCGAAACGAGACGCGCUGGGACGAGCUGUCUUGCUUGUCAAAACAGGAGCCUGGGACACCUCCAUUUGCACGCUCGACGAAUUCACGAAAGCGUGUCUCGUUCUCGCCGAAUGGAUGCUCCUCGACGAGGAAGUCCAAAAGCACGGAAUCGCCUGCGUGUUCGACUACAAGGGACUCGGCCUUCACCACCUGACGCAGUUCACACCGUUCACGGUUCAUAGGCUGGUCCACGUUGUUCAGGAUUGCUAUCCUUUGAGAGUGAAGGCAGUUUACGUCGUGAACAGCCCACCGAUAUUUGACAUCCUUUUCCCCAUUGCAAAGACUUUCCUGAAAUCCAAAUUGAUACAAAGGGUUCAGCUGUUUGGCGCUGACUUGGGGAAACUACACGACGUUGUUCCUGACGACGUCAUUCCUGAGGAAGUGGGAGGAACGCAGGAGAGCUACGACUACGACAAGCUGGAGAAGGAUCUGCUGAGUCAGAGUGACUACUUCGAGGAAGUGAACCGCUACGGUUACGGGAAGGAGAGCACUCACUGCUAUUGUGUUGUCUUUGCGUCGCAGCCUACAACGGUGAAAGGUGAGAAAGUAGAGAUGCCGGACGCGCCGCACUUCCCGAAGAUUACUGAUGUGGAAGGUGUCUCAGUCGCUGAAACACCAGAAGCCAGGAGAGAAUGCAUCGACCGCUUGCAGAAGCUUCUCAAAGACGAAUCAUCCUUGAAGGAACCUCAAGACGAGAUAGUACUGCUGAUGUUCCUUCGCUCAAGGAGGUGUGACGUUGAAUCCACGUUCACAGUAAUCAGGAACUACUUCCAGGCUCGCAGAAAUAUGCCGGAAUACUUCAGAAACCUGACGCCGGCAAACAUUCCUUACAAGACUGUCUGUACCGAACACAAGCUCAUGAUGGUUUCCAAAGAAAGGGACCAUCUGGGACGAUCAGUAGGACUGCUGCGAAUAGGCGCAUGGAGGCCCAGCAUGUGCUCACUCACCGAUCUCACGAGGUGCCUGAUUGUUCUCACGGAGAGCCACUUGACCGUGGAAGAAACGCAAAUCGGGGGGUUCGUGAGCGUCUUUGACGUGGAAGGGCUCAGUUUGUAUCACAUGGCACACCUUAGUCCCCGAUACUUUAUGCGAAUACUUCACGUACUCCAGGACUGCCUUCCCCUAAGGACGGAGAAAAUAUAUGUCGUGAACAACCCGUCCAUCUUCGCCCUUUUGUUUGCUGCGGCUAAGCCGUUUUUGCACAAGAAGCUCUUGAGCAGGAUCGAGCUACUCGGUUCCGACAUCCGCAAGCUUCAAGCCGUAGUACCAGCCGACGUAAUAUCCAAGAGACACGGUGGCACUCUUGAAGACUUCGACUACCGCAGUCAAGAGACAUUCAUGCAGGAGCGAAGCGCCUAUUUUGAACAGAUGGAUUGUUGCAGUUACUAAACGUUGCAUUAAGUGACACCGUUUGAUAAGUCGAUAAUUUCGAGAAAACCUACAACUCGCGCCCGUCAUGAGUACUUGGGCCUUCUUUGUGCAAAUUUUCCUGCUCCGCUCUUCAAAAGUCGAACUAUAGUCUCCUUAAUAAUAAAAA